AUGUCAUUGAAGAAAUCAAAAUGGCACUGUCCAUUUAAACUAACCAGGCAAAGAUUUCCUUUGGAAGAAGAAAAUGUAACUGAAUAUCAACCGAACACACUUAAUAAACAUAAUCAAGGACGCCGACAAUUUUUACCGACGUUUCCAAAUCAACCAAAUCAAUCGAUACAAAUUGCACCACUACUUUUAGUUAGUAUACCAGCAGAGAAGUUAUCGGUCAUCGAAUUAAUGCGACGAGAUUCAGGCGUUUAUCCUGAUCCAAUGAACUCGAAAUAUAACCAACAAGUACCGUCUUAUCUCUACUUUAUUUAUGAUAAUUUACUUGGUCAUUUAAAAACACGUUUAAAUGUUGAUGCAUCCAUUCUUGAUUAUAAUUUAUAUCGGCUAUAUCAUAUAAUUGAUCUUUUCAUUAGUAAAUAUCGUACGUAUGAAGGUUCAGAUUUUCUAUUUGAUCAUCAUUUUAAAGUUCCUAUACAUGAAAAAUUUUUACGGCGCUUGGAACAAUAUGAAUUAUUAAUUUUAUUAGAGUUUUUCUUACAGCUUGAUGUCGAUAUGUUCUUCAUGAAAACCAGCAAUGUCAAAGGUCCAAAAAAUAUCCACUUUACUUAA